GUUUCCUUUCGCAGCCAGCCGUCCUCUCAGUUCAGUACGGUGGCCGACGGGAGCCAGACGCUGGGGAUGAAUGAAGGAUCAACAGUGAUAAUGGCUGAGUGUACAAGUCUUCAGUUUGUCAGCCCUUUUGCUUUUGAGGCAAUGCAGAAGGUGGAUGUUGUUCGGUUAGCAUCUUUAAGUGAUCCGGAAUUAAGACUUCUCCUGCCCUGCUUGGUGCGGAUGGCGCUCUGUGCUCCUGCUGACCAGAGCCAGAGCUGGGCUCAGGAUAAAAAACUGAUCCUUCGUCUUCUCUCUGGAGUGGAAGCUGUCAAUUCCAUUGUUGCGUUGUUGUCUGUGGACUUUCAUGCUUUAGAACAGGAUGCCAGCAAAGAACAGCAGCUUAGGCAUAAACUUGGAGGAGGCAGUGGAGAGAGCAUCCUGGUAUCACAGCUUCAGCAUGGAUUGACGUUGGAGUUUGAACACAGUGAUUCGCCUCGUCGAUUGCGUCUUGUGCUUAGUGAACUGCUGGCAAUUAUGAACAAGGUGUCUGAGUCCAGUGGAGAAUUUUUUUUUAAGUCAUCUGAGCUGUUUGAGAGUCCAGUGUAUUUGGAGGAAGCUGCAGAUGUACUUUGUAUUUUACAAGCAGGUAUUGUAAUGACUGCUAAG